UGCCGUAGAUGUAGGGGUAAAUCCGGAAAGCGGCAAAACUGAGGGCGAGGGUUUCUGCUCUUGUGCGCUCGCGCUCCUUCUUCAACCGCCGCCACAACUCGCUGUGCGCCUGUGCCUCAUCAUCGGAGCCCUCACCGCCGGCGACCUGACUGAGCAAGACAAGCGUCCUUCAACCCUAGAAGUCAUCUGUCGCCAGAGACGCUGCUCCGCAGUUUAUUUUUGUAAUAAUUUGGCGAUUUGACUGAACGCCGAUGCCCCGCGUGAAGCCCACCCCUGAGAUGGAAGAGGAGGCGGAGGAGGUCAGGCAGGAAGUUGAAGGUGCCGGCGGGGCGGAGGGGUCCCCGGACGCUGCGGACCCUGGGGCCGGCGGCGAGGAGGGGACGGAGGAGGAAGAGAAGGAGGUCAGCUUCGAUGAGCUGGGCUUGGACGAGCAGCUGAAGAGGGCUCUGAGGAAGAAGGGCAUCGCGAAGGCAACCCCGAUACAGCAGGAGGCCAUCCCGCUCAUCCUGGAAGGGAAGGAUGUGGUUGCAAAGGCGAAGACUGGCUCUGGAAAGACCUUUGCCUACCUUCUCCCAUUGCUGCAUGACCUAUUGAAGUUAUCCUUGGAAGGCCGUAUUCGUAAACCCGCACCAAAUGCCUUCAUCCUGGUGCCUACACGAGAGUUGUGCCAGCAGGUUUAUAAUGAGGCAUCAUCUCUCCUUGAGUUCUGUACAUCCAAAUUAAAGGUCGUGCAAGUGACUGCUAGCAUGUCGGAUAAGGAUAUUACUGUUGCAUUGUCUGGCCCCCCUAAUAUUCUUGUGUCAACUCCAGCUUGUGUUGCAACAUGCAUAUCAAAGGGUAUUAUGCGUGGAUCAUCAAUCAAAGAAUCUCUUUCAAUGAUGAUUCUCGAUGAGGCUGACCUUCUUCUGUCCUAUCGCUGUGAAGAUGACUUAAAAGCUCUCAUCCCACAUAUCCCAAGAAGCUGUCAGUCCAUUCUGAUGUCUGCAACUUCAAGCUCUGAUGUCGACAAAUUGACGAAGCUACUUCUGCACAACCCAUUUGUUCUAACUCUUAUGGAGGUUGGUCGAGCUAAGGAUGAUGUGAUCCCCAAAAACGUACAACAGUUUUGGAUCUCGUGUGAUGCCAAGGAUAAGAUGCUUCAUAUCCUUGCACUCCUAAAGUUUGAGCUUAUUCAGAAGAAAGUUCUUAUAUUUGUCAACUCGAUUGAUGCAGCAUUCAGAUUACGACUGUUCUUGGAAAAGUUUGGGAUAAGAUCUGCGGUGUUGAAUGCUGAGUUGCCACAAAAUUCUCGACUACAUAUUAUCGAGGCAUUCAAUGCUAGAUUAUUUGAUUAUCUGAUAGCAACGGAUGACGCUAAAACAAAGGAGGAGAAGCAAACUGAUAAGGAAAACAAGAAAGAGGCAAGGGUGUCCCGCAAACAUUUGCAGCAGACUUUAGAUGCUGAAUUUGGAGUUGUCAGAGGAAUUGACUUCAAAAAUGUAUUCACAGUAGUUAAUUUCGACAUGCCACCGGAUCCUGCUGGGUAUGUUCACAGAAUAGGACGAACAGGGAGAGCAAAUAAGACCGGUGCAUCCGUAUCACUUGUUUCGGAAGUGGAGAGUAGUAUUUUUGAAGAGAUUGAGCAUAUGUUGCAAGAUAUUGAAAAUAAAGAUACAGAUUGCAUUUCACCUUUCCCACUACUUACAAAAGAUGCUGUCGACUCUCUACGAUAUAGGGCUCAGGAUGUUGCGAGGAGUGUGACAACACGUGAUAUACAGGAAGCACGUCGCCAAGACAUAAAGAAUGAAAUCCUGAAUUCUGAGAAAUUGAAGUCUCAUUUUGAAGAGAAUCCAAGAGACCUUGAUUUGCUCAAGCACGAUAAGUUGCUAAGCAACAAAGAAAUUCCCGCACACCUGCGUGAUGUUCCUGACUACCUAAUUGAUCCAAAAACAAAAGAAGCAAGCAAUGUUGUCAAACUUUCCAGGGCUGCUAUGGGUAUCGACAAGCCCCAAAGGCGGAAACGACAGGGAUUCAAGGGAGGAUCCGGCAGAAGUAGAGACCCCCUUAGGACUUUCUCUGCUGAGGGAAAAUCACGGAGACGAGGCAUGAAAGAUAGAGAGGGGGAACAGGAUAGAAGAAAGAAGAGUUGUUUAAACAACGGCAAGGUUUAUGGGUGGCAAUUUAUUUUACUGGUGACACUAGCGACCAUGGGGGUGUAGAAUUUGUUUCUCGCCUGAUGGGAAACUUAGUAUCAUGCUCUUCUCUUGAAUCCAUGCGCUGCCGUUCAGGGAAACAUUAACAGUGAUGCGAACAAAAGUUUUAGGGUUUGAUUGAA